AUGAUGCGGCCUUCCACACGACAGAACCUCGCGUUGGCCUUCAUCUUCAUGCUGGCUGUUCACGAUGUCUCUGCAGCCAGACAUGGGUACAACACCGCACAGAUGGUGUCUGUGGCCGCCAACCGUAUGGAGCAGAGCACCAAGUUUCAUGAGUAUGUGGCUGGCGUGGAAGAGAGCGGUUCGUUCUCCCUGCAGACGAUGUGGGCGAGAGGAAAAGAAGAUCCGUUUCUGCGAAGCCUAACAUGGACAAAUGCCACAAUCACCUUUAGUUAUGCAGAUGCUGACGACGGUAUUGAUUCGGCAGGGGAGAGCAGGGGAGGGAAGGGGAGGGCGGGGAAGGGUGGCCGGGGCAUGGCCGGGAAUCGGCACAGUCGGCACACGGCCAAGUAUGUGGAGGUCACCGGGAUGGACAAGAAGUAUCGCAUCAUGCCGGAUGCCGUCGUCAUGACCAAGGAAAUGAAGAGCAUGGCCGUUGUCGGCAUCUCGGGGUGGCAAGCCUUAGAGGGCGGUUUUUGGGGCCCGAGCAAGUAUGACAGGGACGAGAUCCUCUGGAUCCGCACAGAGAUGAACCCCAUCAUCGGCGUCACUACCGGCAGCACCAUGUCUUGGCGCUAUGCCGGUUACCCUGUCUAUCAAAAGGGCUUCGAGAAGCCUUACUACUUCUACAAGGGAGUUCAGACCAGCAUCGAUAUCGAAGAGGUAAGCCUGGCAUCGGAAGAAACGCCUUCCGACUUCCAUGCAGAAGUCGCAGGGCAUAGGACCCCGCCCUCGGAAGCUCCCGGUCGUGAUCUCAUGCUCUUGUUGGACGCCAUGCUGGGCCAGAGCUCCUGCCUGAGCAGUGAAAGCCUUUGCCUUCACCGUUGCGUCUACAACUCCGACGACGACAAAUGUGGGCCAGCCGCAUUUUGCACAGACGUUGCCGAAGGUGAGAUGCCCAGUCCGCUGGCCCCCUUCGGUGACCAGCAGAAAUGCAAAGCAGUUGGUGGCAGCAGCCACGAGGCAGCCGAUCAAGCAAUCACACAUGAAGGCAUCCCUUCACUGAAGGCCAAGGCGCUGGAUGUUGUCCAGAAGCUGGAAGACAUGGAGGCAGUGUCGACUUCAAUCGCCAGCCCGUCGACCAUGAUGAAGACUGCCGAGCUCUGGGCAGAAGCCACAGAAGUGCUCCAAGUCUUGGAGACGCUUCCUGCAAGGACAGAUGCCGGGAAGUUCACGGCAGCACAACACCGAGCAAGCCGAACGGACAUGAAGCAUUGGCGCGGUCGCAAGGAUCGCUUGACGACUGCGGAAUACAACGCCGCAAAAGAGAAGUCCGUCGCAGAUGUCCAUGAUUCCACGUCUUUCUCCGUGGCUGCAAAGCUGCACUCUGAGCUCGUGAACUUCGUGCUGAAGCGCCCCAAAAUAAUGAUCGAGACGGCCAAAAUGCAGUCCAAAGAGCAGUGUUUGCUCAAAGAUGGGACAGAGGAUGAGAAGGACCAGCUGGAAGAAUUCGUGAAGUAUUUCUUGAGAGUGCCUGGUUACAACCGCGGGGAUCUCGACGGCCAAACGCUGAGCUUGCCAGACCACUGCCAAGAGUAUCUCAAGACCCUCGGUGGUGUCUCAAUGUCAGAAGUGCUGAGCAGUGCAGACGAGGCAAAGAAGUAUUUGAAGGAGACCGCGAACUCGCCGGGCUCAGACUCAACUCUGGAGCUGAACCUCGAAAGAUUGCCCAGGGCGGUGGGCGAGGAAGCCCAGAGUUUGCUGGAAAGCGAUUCCUGGAAGGAUGAGUCAGAGUCGGCAAGAACAGCGAUCCUCUUCCACGCCUUCUGCCUGCUAUUUGUUUGCUUGGUGAUAUUAGAGACACCAACCGACUCCACGGACCUCAAGCCGGGUGGUGAGCAGAAAGGCGACCCCCGCACGGGCAUACUAUGCCAGCAACUUGGUGGGGCCUUGGUCCUGAGUAGUGUGAUAGCGAUGAGUCCUCCUUGGGUUGACGCGUGGGCGGACAAGGGUAUGUUGGUCUUGCUGGCUUGGGAUUUCGGGGUUUUGUUAGUGACCGGCAAGCUCCGAGAAGGGCCGCUUACAAAAGCGCCGAAGUGA